AUGUACUUUGCCGAUCCCAAGAUCUGGAGGUGGGUUGGAGUUGGGACAUUAUCUACUCCAUUUGUUGUCAUAUGGCAGAAACAACAACAAAAGCCUGCAACAGGAACGCCGUAAAGGCUGGGCUCGGCGAAAAUCUCGACGGCUUCAAGGUUAUUUAUGUAUGGACUUGCGGCCAAGAUGAGUCAACGUAUCAAAGAGGUCAAGCUCCAGUGGCCAAAUGCCAGCGAGGAAGAAAUCGCGUUCCGGACGACGGAAUGUUUCGGGUUUCCGUUGGUCCCAUUCCUGGGCCGCCAUCCAUUGGCAACAUCGAUUGGCCACCUAGUCCACGGAACAGCGAUGUACUAUGGCUUUACGAAUGGAGAUGA